AUGGUCUUUAAAAACACAGCAGCUUUAUUGGACGGCGUAAACACCGAAUUCAUAGUUUCAAUAUUUGAGUAAUUUCAUUAAUAACAUCUAUCUACUGGCAAAAUAAUAAUACAUGACUCAUUGAAUACUAUUGUUUUGUAUUUACAGGGAUACUAUUUUUAUUGUGAUCACUCAAAACUCAAAACUAGGAACUUUGUAUCUGUUUAAACCAGAGUGUUCUAAAGACCAAGAAUACGACUUACAGUAAGCACUUGGUUUAUCUAUUAUAAUAUUUAUUGUGUGUACAUUUUUUUAUUUCAGAGUACUUUUUGGUCGGGAGGACGAUAAUUUAACAUCAAUGGUUGUAAGUUUAAUGCGUGCAAUUAACAUUGACCGCAGAGCUAUUAUUUCACUUAUGCUGGAUAAUACAUACACUAUCAGAACUAUAAGAGCUAUAGAAGAAGUGUUAUCCAAAUUGAUUUAA